AUGUCAACCAAAACUGCUGCGGACACGAGCCUAUCCGUUCCCCAGAUCAACGAACUACUCCGGACGGCGGACGAUCUUGAGAAGAUCACAAGUCUGAAGGCCGACGUUGCGCGCAAGAAGGCAGACAUUGACUCUCGACUACGCGAGGGUCUAAAGGAUCAUCUAGAGACGACGCAAAAUGGCAUGUCCACCUUGUCCGAGGGCCAGAAGCUGGUCGGCCAGAUCAAGGAGGAAAUGAAGAGCAUACACGACUUAUGUGAACAAGCACAGUCGAUACGGAAGAACUUCCCUCAGAUUGACUAUCUCGCAAAGGUACACCGCAACUUCGAGGCCACACGUGCUAUGCAAGCCGGCUUGGACACCUUCGAGAGGGAUUGCGCCUAUGUACAACAAUUACUGGAGGAUGAUGAGCAGGAUCCAGAGAACCAGGCCAACUUGUUAGAAGCACAUAUGCGACUCACAAGGCUGCGAGACUUCAGAGACGAAGCACUCGACCAAAUACGGAGGGCCAGGGAUAGCAGCCUGGAACAGACCCUCACCGACUGGUUCCAGCCACUGGAAGCGGUCAUUGAUUUAUUCGACGAGCACAUCGGCUUCAUCUGUAUGCGCUUGAUCGACUUCGUUCAGAACGACCUCAACGGCACUGUCGUGCGGCUAGCCAUUGUCAUUGCAUCAGAGGAGAAGAACGACGAUCGAGUGCGAGCUCUACAGGACGCCCAGAAGGACCAUCAAGAUCUAGUUAGCAAAUUCACAUCCUUCACUAUUGGACCCAAGACGAUUCGUGGCUACAAGGAGAAGUUCCUCCAAGCCAUAGAAGCCGUAGCCAACAAUAUGCUCGAGCAAACCCGCCAGGACUUCGACGACGACCCGUCAAAACUCGAAAAAUACACCAAAUGGUUCUUCAACAACCUCUUCGUCGUCAAGCAGGGCAUGCAAACCCUCUUCCCCAAGAAAUGGAAGAUAUUCAACACCUACGUCAACAUAUACCACAAAGCCAUGCACGACUUCCUCCUCUCAUACGUCGACUCUCCCGAACUUCGCCCACCCAACAUGCUCGGCAUAGUCCACUACGUCGAAGUCUACUACCGCAAGCUCGACAAGCUCGGUGUCCCCCAAUCCGACCUGAAGCCCCACGUCGUCGACAACCGCGAGCAAGACCUCGUCCGCGAGUAUCGCAACAUCAUCACCAAAGCCCUCGUCUCUUGGAUCGAUCGCAUGUACAUCAACGACCGCAAAGCCUUUCUCGCCCGCUCCACCGACGCCAUCGAGCAAGACGCCGACGGCCGCUUCAAGACCAAAACCAUGGGCGACAUGUGGCGCAUGCUGCACGAACAACUCGAAGCCGCCGGCAACUCCGAGCGCGAGGAUGUCGUCGAAGGGGUCGUCUCCGCCAUGUUCUCUGCCCUCAAAUCCCGCCAACAACAAUGGGAACGCCUUGUCACCGAAGAGUCCACCAAAUUCCAAUCUCCAACCCCAGAAAUCCUCGAAACCCUCAACCACUUCCAAGACUGGCUCCUCGCCAUCGCAAACGACCAAAUCGCCUGCAUCGACGACACUCCCACCGCCGACCCGACCGACCCGACCGCCCAAGUCGGCUACCUCUCCCGCUUCAAAGAAGACUUCACCCACCUGCCCACCCCACCAUCCCAAAAAUUCCUAUCCACAAACGGCACCACCGAACUCGAAUCCAUCCGCGACGGCUACGUCGACCUCUCAACCCACUGUAUAAACCGCUUCGUCAGCCUGAUCUUCGCCGUAGACUUCCGCGCCAUCAUGGCCGACUUCUUCGUCCCCACCAAUGACUACUCCCUCGUCCUGCACCCCUCUUUACUCGACAUCCUGAUCGAAGAGCUCUCCGACGCUCUUCUGAUCGCCUACCUCACCGCCCUCCGCACCAACAAAUCCGUCAAAUUCCGGCGCUCCGACCCCUUCGCCGCAAAAUUUCGCGACGAUGUCCUCAGCGCCUUCUCCUUUUUCGAGAAAUUCCCUGAAUCCUUCCAGGAAACCAUUAAGCCGAGGUGGAAGUGCGUGAAUUUCACGGUCAGGUUACUUGAGACAGAGAAGAGUGGGGUGGUGGAUGUAUACACACAAUUCAAAGCCGAGUUUUGGGAUCUGCAGUUGAGUUGGGUGGAGGGGGUGUUGAAGACGCGGGACGAUUGCGAUCGGAACAUGGUCGCUGGGGUGAAGAGGGCCGCGGCGGGCACGUAUGGGGAACGGGGAGUGGAGAGUGUGAUGGGGAAGGUUAAAUGA